AUGGCUCCAGUUGCUACUAAUACAAGCAAUAUUGACACAAAGCGUGUCGAAGAUGUCGAAAUGGAUGCAGUCGAAAAGACAGAAGAUUCCAAAGUUUGGAUUCCACUUGCAAAGAGAGAUAGACUCUCAUUAUGGAGAAUAUUCGGUAUCUGUGCAUCAAUGUUCGGAUUUCAAACAGUUUUUACUGUCGUUUUCGGUCUCCUUUCUCCGAUUAUGGACUCAGAAGACAUCAACAUUCCACAAGUUUACAGAUCACUCAUCUACCUCAUUGGUCCACUCGCAGGAUUCAUCUGCCAGCCACUUGUUGGCUACUACAGUGAUGCUCUCCAUGCAAAAAUUGGCAGAAGAAGACCAUUCAUCAUUACAGGUGCUGUAGGAUCAAUCGUCGGCUUCCUCUUCCUUUACUUCUGCAGAGAAAUCGGAAAGGGUAUCAGCAGCUCAAAUCCACGUCCAUGGAGUAUUACCUUCCUUAUCAUUGCACUUGUCCUCGAUUUUGUUUCCGUAAAUCUCCUCCAAGCUCCAGCAAGAACAAUCAUUGCAGAUAUCAUUCCAAAGUCACAGCAAGUUCUCGGAAACUCCAUUGCAGCUGUACUUCUCGGUCUUGCGCAAGUAUUCUCUAACUUCAUUGGUGGUUUCAACGUUGCUAAGCACACAUCCCUUAACUACCAGCAGCUUGUUAUCAUCUGUGGCAUUGUAUUCAUUAUCGUCAGUGUUACAAUCACAGUUUUGACAGCUCACGAAGAACAGUUUACAGAUAAGAUUGAUAGACCAAACCCAUUCAUUGCCAUCUUCAGACAAUUCAAGUCAAUGCCAAAGCCAGUUUGGAGAAUCGCCAUCGUAUAUCUCUUCUCAUGGAUGGGUUACACUGAAUUCAACAAUGAAUGCUCAAGUUAUGUUGGCACCGAUAUUUACAAGCUUCAAGGACUCGACUACGAUGAAGGCGUUCGCUUCGGACUCAUCAUCAUUGGUGUCUCAUCAAUCCUUGUUAUGAUCUGGUCAUUCGUUCAGGAUAUGGUAAUCAAGUGCAUCGGUCUUAAACUCUCCUAUGCUCUUUCUCAGAUAAUUGAAGCUGUUUGCCUCAUCCCAAUCUUCUUCAUCCACAACAAGUGGGCAGCACUCGGUCUCCUUACACCACUCGGUAUCGCUUGCUCUGUAUUCAACUCAGUUCCAUAUGCCAUUGUUGGCAUGUGCUCAAAGGAUGAAGAGAUGGGAACUCUUAUGGGCAUUCUCAAUAUUUUUGUCGUUGUUGGCCAGCAACUUGCUAACUGGAUCAUCGGAUCAGGCAUUGGAGCUGCAACAAAUGGAAAGAAAGGUCCACUUCUCGGUUCUGGUUGCGUCUUCGCUUUCAUCGCUGCAAUCCUAUGCUUCUGGAUAAUUGUCCCAGAGCAAAAACCAGAAUCACUUGACUUCGAUGAUGACAGAGAGGAUUGA